UUCAUAAACCACACACAAAGAGAGAGAGAGAAACCAUAAGAAUAAGAAGAAAAAUACCCACAUUGCUCUCUCUUUUUCUCUCCUUAAUUUCAUACAAUUUGCCUGUUUUGAAACCCUCUUCAGUUACAUUUUUAUCUGAAGAAAUUGUGUGAAAGUUUGUCAAUUUUUUUUAAAGGCAUUGCCUUUAUAGAUUUGAACAUAACAAGAUUUAUUGUGCAGAUAUUAUCUAGAGGAAGAUUCAGAAUCAUGGUAUUUUGGAUUUUUGGCUAUGGUUCAUUGGUAUGGAACCCUGGAUUUGAAUAUGAUGAGAAAUUGAUUGGUUACAUCAAGGAUUACAGACGUGUGUUUGAUCUUGCUUGCAUUGAUCAUAGAGGUACACCUGAAAAACCUGCAAGAACCUGCACUUUGGAUGAAAGCAAAGGAGCCAUUUGUUGGGGUGCUGCUUAUUGUGUGAGAGGAGGACCUGAAAAGGAAAAGAAGGCAAUGGAGUACUUAGAAAGAAGAGAGUGCGAGUAUGAUAGCAAGACCUUGGUGGACUUCUUCACUGAAGAAGACUCCUUACAUCCUGCCUUAACUGGAGUAAUAGUGUUUACAUCCACUCCUGACAAAGAAAAUAAUAAGUAUUAUCUUGGUCCUGCCCCACUUGAAGAGAUGGCUAGGCAAAUUGCUACCGCCUCUGGUCCCUGCGGAAAUAACAGGGAAUACAUAUUCAAAAUGGAGAAGGCUUUACAUGACAUUAGUCACGAAGACGACUACAUCAUAGAGCUAGCAAAUGAAGUGCGCAAAGUUCUUGGAAUCGGGGGAUCUGUUCCAAAGGAGAAGAAGUUACCUGGUCCUUCCCAAAUCCCACUCAAAUCCCACAUUUCACCUGUGAAAAUCCGCCCCUUGCCAGAAGCUAUAGCUGCCGUUGCUGCUGACUCCUGACAAAUGAAAUGAUCUAUUGAUCUUUAGGAGGAUGAGUUUUUCUCUUUUGACCUGACUAGAAUUUUUUCUUCCAAAAAUGUUACUUACAUAUUUAGUGAUGUGUUUCUUAGAAGUAUCCCUUGUGUUUUUUCCUUUUCUCUGAACUUAAGACUAGGAAGCUAGAAUGUGGGGUAGGAUAAUGAGUUGAGUUGACAUACUAACCAGCCAGACGACUUUGUGGCCAGUUUGAACAUGGAUUCUUGAGUGAUUAUGAGCACAAUUUAAUGAAAUUUGAUUAGUUGCUUACA